ACAAUUAAGAAGAAACAAAAGCCCUCAAACCAUGAAAUCCUCUGCUCUCUCCUUUUUCAUUUUGUCCUUCUUCCUAAUUUAUGGUGCACAUGGUGAAGCAAACUUCAUAGCGAAAGUCUGCAAAGACCUUGUCCAAGCAGACUCAACCAUGAACUAUGCUUUCUGCAUGGAGUCUCUGCAAGCAAUCCCUAAGAGCCACAAGGCAUCUUUGAGAGGUCUAGGGUUUUUCUCCAUGAGCCUGGUACAAAAAAAUGCCCUUCGCAUCGGCCGACUCGUCCAGAACCUCUUGAAUUCGCAGGAUAUGAAGAUGAGCGACUACACCAAAAAUUGCUUAAAGGAUUGCUCCGAACUCUACGCCGACGCCGUGGACAGCGUAAAGGAAGCAGUUGAUUCCUUCAAAGGUAGGGAUUACGACUCGGCCAACAUAAAGAUGAGUGCAGCCAUGGAUGCUUCUUCCACAUGUGAAGACCAGUUCAAGGAGGGAAAAGGUUCAAAGUCUCCCAUGACAGAGAGCAGCAAGCAAAUGUUCCAAUUGAGUGGAAUGGCUUUGACUAUAAUUAACAUGCUUCAUCGUCAUUGAGCAACUUCUGGAUGGCGUUUCAAAUGGGAUAUGUUGCCUUUUGCAUGCUGAAUUAGCUUAAUCGUGUAUGGGUUCAAGUAUUUCUGUAAUUUGCUUCAUCAUGAAUCAUCAUCGUUGUUCAUUAUCGCCAUUGUUGUUUUUGUUUUUGUUGUCUUUGUUGUUAUUGAAGUUUUCUUUGGUUGUACUAAAAUGGUUGGAGUGAAGAUAAUAGUAAUCAGUAAAAGGAUAAAUGAUAUUGUGAAUC